UUUAUUUGCUCUUACAAAGUGAUAAGAGCAUAAAGACUAGAUCCCUCACACACUCCACUACCUCUCUCUCUAGAACUCAGAAUGGACUCUCUCGCUCUAAUCUGCACCGUCGCCCUCCUGGGCGGCGGCCUCUACUGGUUUGUCUGCGUCCUGGGCCCCGCCGAAGUCAAGGGCAAGAGCGCCGUCAACCUCUCCGGCGGCUCCAUCACCGCCGAGAAGGUCCAGGACAACUACAACCAGUACUGGUCCUUCUUCCGCCGCCCCAAGGAGAUCGAGAAGACCGAGAGCGUCCCCGACUUCGUCGACACGUUCUACAACCUCGUCACCGACAUCUACGAGUGGGGCUGGGGCCAGUCCUUCCACUUCUCCCCCUCCAUCCCCGGCAAGUCCGACCGCGACUCCACCCGCCUCCACGAGGAGAUGGCCGUCGAUCUCAUCUCCGUCUCCCCCAACCAGAAGAUCCUCGACGUCGGGUGCGGCGUCGGCGGCCCCAUGCGGGCCAUCGCCGCCCACUCCCGCGCCAAGGUCGUCGGCAUCACCAUCAACGAGUACCAAGUCAACCGGGCGAAACUCCACAACAAGAAAGCCGGGCUCGAUUCCCUCUGCGACGUCGUUUGCGGCAACUUUCUGCAGAUGCCCUUCGAGGACGACAGCUUCGACGGCGCCUACUCGAUCGAGGCGACGUGCCACGCGCCCAAGCUCGAGGAGGUGUACGCCGAGGUGUACCGGGUCUUAAAACCCGGCGCCCUCUACGUCUCCUACGAGUGGGUCACCACGGAUAAAUUCAACGGCGACGACGCGGAGCACGUGGAGGUCAUCCAGGGGAUCGAGAGGGGCGAUGCGCUGCCCGGGCUGAGGAGCUACGCGGACAUAGCGGAGACGGCCAGGAAGGUGGGGUUCGAGGUCCUCAGGGAGAAGGAUCUGGCCCUGCCGCCGGCGCAGCCGUGGUGGACGCGGCUGAAGAUGGGGAGGAUCGCCUACUGGCGGAACCACAUUGUCGUCACGGUGCUCGCGGCGCUGGGGAUCGCGCCCAAGGGGACGGUGGACGUCCACGAGAUGCUCGUGAAGACGGCCGAUUACCUCAGCAGGGGCGGGGACGCGGGGAUUUUCUCCCCGAUGUACAUGAUCCUGUGCAGGAAGCCUCACGGGACUUCCCAUGAACCCUCGUCUUAAGAAGAAGAAGAAGAAGAAAACGUCUUUUGAUAAAAUUGAGGAGGUAUUGGUUAUCUUUUCAAAGUUCUAAGCAUUAUCCGUUGUCUUUUCAAUUAUUUUUCUUCUUUUUUUAUGAAUUAUCUAAUUUUGCUUAGUUGGGAUGGUCAAGAUUUCCGGAUCUUGUUUUAAUUAAUAUUAAAUUUUGCUGGUUCUGUGUUGAA